GCGUGGCCUGUGCCUGGACGUGCUGGUGACGUGAAAGGAAUACCCGAGUCUGAUGUCUCUUUUACGAUGCAUUGUAAUGUAACUAAGUAACUAGUUUUUAUGUUCUGCAGAUGCAGGGCCAUGCGUGUGAAUGAGGACACGGCGCUGAGAGGGCAGCGGGUGCUGCUGGUGCCAUAUGAACCCCACCACGUACCCAGGUACCAUGAGUGGAUGAAGUCAGAGGAGUUACAGAAACUGACAGCCUCCGAGCCUCUGACAUUGACUCAGGAAUAUGACAUGCAACGCAGUUGGAGAGAGGACAGUGACAAGUGCACCUUCAUCAUCCUGGAUUCAAUACAAUGGGAUAAAGGAUGCCCAGAAGAGCAGUGCAUGGUGGGAGAUGUCAAUUUGUUCUUGGUUGAUCCUGAAAAUCCUGCUUUAGCGGAGAUUGAAAUCAUGAUUGCAGAACCCAUGUUCCGGGGAAAAGGGUUUGGCGAAGAGUCUGUUCGGCUCAUGCUAUUUUACGGAGCUACAACUUUGGGAAUUACUACAUAUCAAGCUAAAAUAGGGCAAGAGAACAUUGCAAGUGUUCGGUUAUUCAAUAAACUGCAUUUUGAGGAGGUAUCACUUAGCACAGUAUUUCAGGAGCUGACCUUGCACUGGAAAAUGACGAUGGCAGAGAGGAAGUGGCUCCUAGACACAACUCCUGUUACAGAGCAAUCUUAUAGACAAAUGAAACGAAGCAACACAGACUCGGUGGAUUAAUAAGUCUCAUUUGGAGUGCAGCUGGUAUGGCAGAAGAACUGUUCUCUCUGGAAGAAGCUGGCAUGGGACAAGACUUCCUAUAUUCUGAAACAUGAUGUAAAUAACAGAACACAGAACUGCAAUUUUUUAUCAUGCGUUCUAGCAUGAAAAGUGCAACAAUUAAAGUGUUUUCAUUUUGAGUUUA